CAGUAAUGCCUAGCGGUGCCAAUUUCAUCUUACCCUCACCAGCACUCGGUAUUAUCAUUUUCUUCUUUCUUUUUGCUAUUUUAAGAGGUGAAACUCAUUUAAUUUUCACUGCCAGGGAAGCAGAGCCACUUUCUGUGUUGAUUAGCUGUUAACAUCCUUUUUGGUCUGCUAGUCUUUAUGGAGCACACAUAGCCCCUUCUCAGCUCACUUAGGAAGACAGGGCUUAGAUACAGGAAAUAGGGAAUAGGGUGACACCAGGAACAGUAAGGUGCCAGGGUAGGGAAGGGAACUUUCAUCUAUCCAGGUCUUGACCCUUUCAGUUCCCUCCACCUAGAGCAUUCAUUCAUUCAUUCAUUCAUAUAUUCAUUCAUUCAUUCAUUCAAACAUUUAGCAGAUACUGUGCAGGGCUUAAAAGAUAAAUUACUCAGCCAUGAUUCUGCCCUGAGAGAGAGCAUGCCUAAUACCAGAGAUAGUCAAGCAAUCAGAAAAUAGGGGGAUACAUGUUCUGAUGAUGGAUGUGCAGGGUACAAAGGGAACAGAGGAGAGGUACCCAGCAUAGCCUAGGGGGGUGGAGGUGGAACAGUCCUGGAAAGCUUUCAGGAGGAAGUGGUCCAUAAGCCAGAGCUUGAGUAUAAUUUGGAGUUAGCCAGUAAAAUGAGGAGGACGGAGGGUUCCAGGGAGAGGAAGCAGCCUGAAUGAAGGUUAGAAAAUAAGGGAAGUGAAGCCCUGGGGGAACUCUAUGGCUGGCUGGGUAGAGAGUAACGUCAGAACAAUCAGUGAGGCCAAAGAGGUCAGCAGGGCCGGAUAUGUAAGGCCCAAGGAAUCCAGACCUUGUCUGGAGGGCAAUAGGGAGCCAUGGGAGGUUCUAAGGAGGUGAAUACCGUGAUCUGCUCUUGUAUUUUAGAAAUAUCACAGCAACUGCAGAAGGAGAAUGGAAUCGGGGCUGUGGGUAGAGCUAGGGAAAUCAAUGAGGGGACUCUUGCCAAAGGGGGCGAGGACCAAGGCAGAGAAAGGUUGCUGGAGACCUUUCCCCACUCUAUGGAAUCCUAAAAACAGCUCCAAAGUGCAUAUUGAAUGUUACCUGUGCCAAGGUAGCCCUUGUUGACAGCCACCACCGCCCCACUGGGUCCUAUGUGCCUAGAGUACGCAGACUGUACAGGGCCUGGUGUGCACUGCUGAGUGGAGUGCCCACCAUCAGCUGACCCUAACCUUUCCCUGUGCCUCCCGGACCCUCCAUCUGUUCCCUCUCCACCCUUGGGCUACCAACAAUUUUCUGUCUUUUCUUGGAGAAUAAAUUUAUUGUUUUCAUUAUAAAAGCAACUGAACGCGGUUACAGAGAAUCUGGAAAUCAGAGAAACAAAGACAAAAACUAGAUCGGCUCCAGCCACCUCUCCCAGCCCUCCCUCUGGGUGUGGCUCCCUGCAGCUUGCUUUUUCUGACGCAGGUUUUUAUUUUUGCCUCCUUGUAAUCAUAGUGUCCGGACGGUUUUGGUCCUGCUCUCUCCCAUUUGCUUUGUUGAGAGCUCGUUCCUCUGUGGCCACGGAGUCUGGACAAAUCUCAGUUUUUAAUGCCUGUGGGAUGGUCUGGGGAUGCGGGUGGGACAGAGUUGCUUAACCGCACCCUGCUGUCCUGCAGUGGCCAAGGCUUGUCACAUGCCACCCUGGGCUGCCUGUCCUCUUUGUGUGUUUGUCUAUACCCGGACUGCUGCAGGUGGCAGGGCCUGCCCCCUGGCAUGCCCCUUCCUUGGUACUUCCUCUCCCAGUGCCCCUUUGUAGAGCUUACAAGGCUGGCCUCAGCGACCAUCUUCCUGGGAAAGGAUCAUGGACAGAUCUGGGUUCAAAUCUAGACUUGGCUCUGUGACCUCAGGCACGUUACAUUACCUCUCUGGACCUCAGUCUCCUCAUCUGUAUCACGGAUCUAUUGCAACAGUAAAAUAAUGACUGUAAAAAAUGCCCUGACACGGUUCCUGGCCCACUGUGCUGUUGGGAACACAGAGGAAGUGACUGGCUGGGGGUUCAGGGAAAGCUCCGUAGAAGAGGGAACACUUGAGCUGGGUCUUGAAGGAUGAGUAGAAGUUCACCAAGUGGGAAAGGACACUCUAGGAUGGCCGAGCCUCGAUUUAACAACCCCUACUUCUGGCCCCCUCCUCCCACCAUGCCCAGCCAGCUGGACAACCUGGUUCUGAUUAACAAGAUCAAGGAGCAGCUGAUGGCGGAGAAGAUCCGGCCGCCGCACCUGCCGCCCACGUCGGCCUCGUCGCAGCAGCCGCUGCUGGUGCCGCCGGCGCCGGCCGAGAGCAGCCAGGCGGUCAUGUCGCUGCCCAAGCUGCAGCAGGUGCCGGGGCUGCACCCGCAGGCAGUGCCGCAGCCCGACGUGGCGCUGCACGCGCGGCCCGCCACCAGCACCGUCACAGGUCUGGGGCUCUCCUCCCGGACCCCGGCUGUGAGCACGUCCGAGUCGAGUGCAGGCACGGGUACCAGCACCCCGUCCACACCCACCACCACCAGCCAGAGCCGCCUCAUCGCCUCGUCCCCCACCCUCAUCUCAGGGAUCACCAGCCCCCCCCUCCUGGACUCCAUCAAGACAAUCCAGGGCCACGGCCUGCUUGGCCCCCCCAAGUCCGAGCGCGGCCGCAAAAAGAUCAAGGCGGAGAACCCAGGGGGGCCGCCUGUCCUCGUAGUCCCUUACCCCAUCCUGGCCUCAGGCGAGACUGCCAAGGAGGGCAAGACAUACAGGUGUAAGGUGUGCCCGCUGACCUUUUUCACCAAGUCUGAGAUGCAGAUCCACUCCAAGUCACACACCGAGGCCAAGCCCCACAAGUGCCCGCACUGCUCCAAGUCCUUUGCCAACGCCUCCUACCUGGCCCAGCACCUGCGCAUCCACCUGGGCGUCAAGCCCUACCACUGCUCCUACUGUGAUAAGUCCUUCCGACAGCUCUCCCACCUCCAGCAGCACACCAGAAUCCACACAGGCGACAGACCCUACAAGUGCCCACAUCCUGGCUGCGAAAAGGCUUUCACUCAGCUCUCCAACCUCCAGUCUCACCAGCGCCAGCACAACAAGGACAAGCCCUACAAGUGUCCCAACUGCUACCGGGCCUACUCGGAUUCCGCCUCCCUGCAGAUCCACCUCUCGGCCCACGCCAUCAAGCACGCCAAGGCCUACUGCUGCAGCAUGUGUGGGCGGGCCUACACCUCGGAGACCUACCUGAUGAAGCACAUGUCCAAACAUACAGUGGUGGAGCACCUGGUGAGCCACCACUCGCCCCAGAGGACGGAGUCCCCCGGCAUCCCGGUGCGAAUUUCCCUCAUCUGAGCCGACCCAAGGCGCCGCCCCACCCUGCCCACUGGCAGACACAGACCCAGGCAGCACCAGGCCCCAACUUCCUCCAGGGGCCCUCCAGGAACAGCCGAGCUCUCUCAUGACCUUCCUGACCUUCCAGAAAGCCUGGGCUGCAGAAGCCCUGUCCGGUCCAGCUCCGGGGGCGGCCAGGCCAACUGCAAGAUUCUGGACUGUUUUGGUGGCAUCCAAAGACGAUCUCAGAGCACUUUGAACCUCUCUGUUGGGUUUCUUUUUGUUCCCCACCCUCCACUUGCUUCACUGUUUUGUUUUGUUUUUUUUUUUUAAGUUUGUUUUGGAAAUAACAGAAAAGAUAUUUAUUGGCCAAGAAGUUGGUGCUGCUAAGACCGAGAAAUUAAAAGAAUCGGACAGAUGGACACAGAGAACAGAGGGCAGCGUGGGACCUUCUCUUGCCACAGCCUCAGGUCUUGAGGGAAGGCUCAGGCCUGGGUUUCUGGACUGCAAAGGGGACCCCCAGGUGGGAGGGGACAGAAGGCAGCUGGAGUGAGCCACUCACCCCUAGGUGUCCAGCUCACACCUCUCGAGCUACGCCCUGGGCAUUACUGAGCAGAGGGAUGCGGCAGCUACCAGGGCUGUCGAGGCUUCAGGAGGCAAAAUGGGAGAGGGGCUGAGAGAUCCGCAGGACCAAAGGGUGCAGCGUUGGGCUGGGCUGGGCGCAGGCCCAGGGAAAUGGGGUGAGGGUGGGCUGGGUAAGACCUGGCCCUCCACUGCCCUGAAGACCACCCCAGUCUACCUCGGUGCUGGCCAGGAAACCUAUUGGCUACCUCUCCCACCAUCCAGACUGUGGGCAGCGGGGGUGGGGAGGGAGUGGGCCUGGGCUUAGGACCCCUCCCCUCCAGAAUUUCCUCCAGAUGGGGCAGUGCCCAGGGAGGGGUUUUGUCUUCCCUGUCAUGGAGGGGGAACCCCCAGUCCAGGCCCUAGGCCCCUCAGCAGGGAAGGGAUCCUCGGGGAGGAGGGUCCCAGGAGCAGACCCUGCCCUCAGCCCCCCACAGACACACCCCAAUCUGAAAGCCAUGCGUGUCCGUGUAUAUAGGAACUAUGUACAGAGCCCGGAGAAGCCCCCCUUCAUCCCCCGGGAAAAAAAAAAAAAAAAAGAAAACUAGACAGAAACUCAUCUAUAUAUUCUGUAUCUGGAGUUCCGUUUUGAAUAUUAACUGUGUUAUUUUUAUACACUUUUUAAGCCUUAACUCGCCAUUGAUUUACCAGUUUAACGUUUCCUGGGGUAUUUUUUUCCCAUGGGGUUCUCUGCCCCUACCCCCACCCCUUUGUUUGACUUGCGUCGUCUGAUAACUCAGUAUUGUAGCUUUUUGUCCGCAUGUUACUACCCUGUAAAUACGCUGUUCUACAUACUGUUAACACCCCAUUUGCUUUUUUCUAUGGGACCUCCAGGCCACCAUAUUUAGAACUAGUUACCUUAUUAAAAAAGAGAAAACAGUC